AUGGAUCCGGCAAGUUGUGGACCGUCAAGUGCGUUACAGAACUUAAACAAACAUACUCAAAGAGAUACAUCACUACAGCAUCAGAGGCUACAUUUAAAUGGACCACAACAGCAAGGAAUACAUCAAUUUCGUCAAAAGCAUCAAAUUGAUUCAAAUUUAAAUAAUGAUUUCAAACAUUUUAACCAGAGUUCAAAUGGACAUGAUUUUGCAUCACUGUUUUUACAGCAAAUGAAUAGACCACAGUUUAAUCAACAAGCAGAACCAAAUAUGAAACUACAACAAAAUCAACAAGGUUGGGUUAAUGAUUUUUCUAACUUGAGUAUUGAACAUCAAAAACUAAAUCAACAACACAAUAAUUGGAAUCAACAAUUUAAUCAACAACGAUCAUCACAACAAUUAGGGCCAAUACGGGAGCAACAACAACAACACCAACCACAACAACACAAUUAUCAUCAUGCACAUCAACAAUAUCAUCCAAAUUAUUCGAUGGGAAAUUUUCAAGAUAGAUUACAAAUGAACGCGAUUCCACAAUAUAAUCAACAAUCAGAACAUCAAGAAAUGCAUAAAUUGCAAAAUCAACACCAACAAUUUGAAAAUGAAUUUGACAUAUUAGAAAAAGAAUUACUGGAACAACAACAAGAACAACAAGCUUCAGAAAUUGCCGUUGAUGAUUUAGACUCAGAUAAAGAAAAAUUUGCACAAACUGCGAAACUAGUUGAAAGUUCAAUGAAUCAAAUUAAUUCUCAAGAUUCAAAUAUGAAUGAAAAAUUUCAAAAUUCCGAAUUUUUAAAAUUAAUGAGUUCAAUAAGUAAUAAACAAGUAGAAUUAGAGGGUGACAAAUUAGUUAAUUCUGAAAAUAAACAAGAUGUUAGGGAAGUAGGGGUCCCUCAAACUACUAUAAAUCAACAAAGUGAGAAUGUACAAGGAGAGACUCAGUCUACCCAAAAUGUUUCUACUCAACAGGUAAAUAACGACAUACACAAUAUAGACUAUCAUCAGCCAAUUCACACUCACAUUCCAUCAGAAGAGAUGGACGACUGGUCAUUUGAUUCGAUACCGAACUAUCCACCACCACAACCGCAGCAAGUUAAGAAAAAGCAACAACCUGAAGAGUUAAAACCACAAGAGAAUAGAUUACCUGAUCCUCUUUCACACAUCAAAGAUAAUCAACUAGAAGGGAUUCUUGACCCAUUGACAGCUGCUAGAAUUAUUAGUGGUGGUCAAGUUAAAACUCGUGACUGGACUGAUGUAGAAGGUCAAGAUGAUUGGUUAACUUCUGAUGCUUUCCCUGGAAUGAAUACAAAUCCUCAUGUUCCAUGGAGAAAAAAUAAUGUUAUACAUAAUGACGAUAAUGAAGAUUUUGGUUUAUAG